AGUUCACCUUCUUACGAUUCGAUCUCAUUCAAUUAUUCUUAUUUACUAUUCGUAUUCAGUUGUUAAAUAAUUGUCCUCCUGUAAGGUUACGGCGCAUAUUAUAGUCGUUGAUAACGACAAGUGCGGAAAAAUAAACAUGUCUAGUAGGAGGCAAAAUUUUAAAAAUCCUUUUUCGAGACCAUGGAUGACGGAAACCGGUGCGGCGGCAGCAGCUGGAGGCUCAGGUUCUAUCGGACUAAAGGGAGUAGUAGCCGGCGGAAUAACCGGUGGCAUUGAAAUUUGUAUUACAUUCCCUACUGAAUAUGUGAAAACACAACUUCAGUUAGACGAAAAAGGUGGUACAAAGAAAUAUUCGGGUAUAUUCGACUGUGUUAAGAAAACAGUCAAAGGACAUGGCUUCUUCGGCUUAUACAGAGGUCUUGGUGUUCUAUUAUACGGCUCUAUACCCAAAUCAGCUGUACGAUUUGGAGUAUUCGAACAAGCAAAACUUUAUAUGGUAAAAGAAAAUGGAACUUUAUCAAAUACUGGUAAAUUGGCCUGCGGGUUAGCAGCUGGUGUGGCUGAAGCAAUUUUCGCGGUCACUCCAAUGGAAACUGUUAAAGUGAAGUUCAUCAAUGACAUGAGGAUGGAAAAGCCAAGGUUUAAAGGAUUCUUCCACGGUGUCGGAACUAUUGUCAGGGAAGAAGGUAUUGGCGGUGUCUACAAGGGUGUAACAGCCACUAUCAUGAAGCAGGGCAGCAAUCAAGCCAUCAGGUUCUUCGUGAUGGAGUCUCUUAGGGAUUGGUACAAGGGUGGUGACAGAGAUAAACAUGUACCCAAGUACAUAGUUGGAUUGUUUGGUGGUGUUGCAGGAGCGGCAUCAGUUUUCGGUAAUACACCAAUAGAUGUAGUCAAAACUCGAAUGCAAGGUCUAGAAGCUGCGAAAUACAAGAGCACAUGGGAUUGCUUCAUCAAGACAUGGAAGCACGAAGGUCCACUCGCCUUCUACAAAGGUACCGUGCCUCGCCUCAGUAGAGUAGUGUUCGAUGUAGCCAUCACGUUUACUAUAUAUGACAGUAUCAUGGACUUAUUCAACUAUGCGUGGAAGUAGUGUGAACUUAGAAGUUGCCAUGUAAAAAUAAUAAUUUAAUAGGGCUUUUUUUUUGUUAGUAGAGUUUUGUUAUCGCAGGUCGAAAUGUUUAUCAUAAUUUUUUUAAAUGUAUUUUUUAAUUUUGUUUUUACGAAACAAGUUAAUUUUUGAUAUGUUUACUGUGCUUUGAUUGUGAUUUAUUUUUAUACAGACACAAAUUUUUCAUGUACGGUAAUAACUUUUUACAAAUGUAAGAGAAAGUGUAAUAGUGUAAGUUAUAAAACGAAUGUAAACAUGUUUAUAUGAUGUUUUCAGACCUGUUUCUGUGAAUUUUGUGCAAGUGUUACCAUAUAGAAUAUACAAAAUGGAAUUUUAAAAUUA